CCCAUGCACCCUCCCCCAAUAGCAUUAUAACCGCAAACGCACUAUGUCGGUCAUCAACGUUCACAGCGAUUUUCAACCAAUAGAAACGAAAGCUGUGAUUCUCUCCUGGAAAGUAAUGGCUGCUAGUUUAUGAAACAUCAACAUAGUUGACACCAUUGACUGAACUAUGUCUGCAGCUAAGGUUACUGAAGGACAUGCGAUGUCUGCGGAAGAAAGCAAGAAGCUGCACGAACUGUUCAAGACGCUAGACUUGAACCAGGAUGGGAGAAUCGACAUUGACGACCUUACGCGGGCUCUUGGUGACAAGAAUAUACCGCAAAUCCCCGAUCAUGCGAAGAAGUUUUUCAGCCAGUAUGACAAGGACAAGGAUGGGCAGAUCGACUUCUCCGAGUUUGUGAAAUACGUCACGGACCACGAACAGGAGCUAAGACUUUACUUUAAGAAGAUUGACACCAACCAAGAUGGAACAAUUGAUGCGUCUGAAAUCCAGGAAUCGUUUAGAAAACUAGGAGUUCACAUAGACCGGAAGGAAGCAGAACGACUGCUCAAUCGAAUGGACAAAGAUGGGACACUGAAGAUUGACUGGAACGAAUGGCGUGAGUUUCUUUUGCUGACCCCGGGUCAGAGUCUGAGGGACAUCCUCCACUACUGGCGCCACUCCUCGAUAAUUGAUAUUGGUGAAAACAGCCUCAUUCCCGAUGACUUUACUGAGACAGAACUCAAAACAGGGAUGUGGUGGCGCCACCUUGUGGCCGGUGGAGCAGCCGGGGCUGUAUCAAGAACUGCAACUGCUCCUCUGGAUCGACUGAAAAUCCUCUUCCAGGUUCACAGUACCUCAAGAAAGAACCUGACAAUAGUAUCUGGCUUCAGGAACAUGUUGAGAGAGGGUGGGGUGAAAUCUCUAUGGCGUGGAAACUUCAUCAAUGUCAUCAAGAUUGCUCCCGAAUCGGCCCUCAAGUUCAUGGCUUACGAACAGAUCAAGGGUCUGAUCAGGCAGGGUGAGGACCGGGAGGUGAAGGUGUGGGAGAGGUUGAUAUCAGGGUCAGCGGCUGGGGCCAUCGCACAGACAACCAUCUACCCAAUGGAGGUACUUAAAACGAGGCUAGCACUGCGAAAGACUGGCCAGUACAAUGGAAUUUUCGACUGUUCCGCAAAGAUCUUUCAACAAGAAGGCAUGAAGGCAUUCUACAAGGGUUACAUACCAAACCUCAUUGGAAUCAUUCCGUAUGCCGGAAUUGAUCUGGCAGUUUAUGAGACUCUGAAGAAAUCGUACUCGGCUAAAUACAAAAACCAGGACCCCGGCGUGUUUGUCCUGCUGGCGUGCGGAACGAUCAGCAGUACGUGCGGUCAGCUGACGACGUACCCUCUCGCCCUCGUCAGAACCAAGCUACAGGCUCAAGCGACGACCACGGGUCCAUCAGACAGCAUGACGAGCCUGUUCCGACACAUACUGAAGACGGAGGGGCCGCGCGGCCUGUACCGCGGUCUCGCGCCAAACUUCCUCAAGGUGGCGCCGGCCGUCAGCAUCAGCUACGUCGUGUACGAACGGGCGCGCAAGACUCUAGGUGUACACCCGUCCUAGCCACACACACUUUCAACUAGACAUAUUUGUUACAUUUUCAACUACUACUCUCAUUUCACUGCCUGGAGCAUUUGAAGAUCUGUUACCGUGACGACUUGCACGCAGCUGAAAUUAACAUUACUGACGGCAGCCUGUUAUUGUCGCAGCACGGCUUCAGGAUAGUAUCGUAGUUGUUGCACUCGAGCAGUUAUUUGAAGCAAAUAAGCAGAUUUAUUAUUUAAAUUGUUAGUUUAGCCUAGGUAUAGUCAAAUAGUGCAGUUUAUUUGUUACAAGAUUAGGUGUAUUAUUAUUAGUACUAUCACUAUUUUUUUUAUUUACGACUUUUAAUCAUGAUGUGGCAGUUGCCUUAAUGACUGAUGCUGACAGUUCUAUAGGCUGUGAUACAUAGUGUUUUAGUCCACUACCAGUCUGACCGGAGGGGACUCUAGAUUUCAUAUCCGUUCUUGUGUCUGUCUGUCCGUCUGACUGUCCAACAUAUAGUUUUCCAGAUGGGUUUUUUCCCAAUACCUCAAGAUAUUGAGCUGAAAGUUUUUGUAUAGCUUUAUGAUGUACUGUUACAGAUCAAGUUUG